CAUCUUAGUUCUCUAUCAUCUCACUCCUCAAUCACUCUAUCAUCCACUUCUCCUCUUUGAACUCCAAGUCUGAAUUAACAUUAAAAUCAUGGGUGUUUUCAGUUAUGACCAUGAAACUACCUCCCCAGUCGCCCCAGCUAGGCUUUUCAAGGCUUUUACUGUUGAAGCCCCAAAGGUUUGGCCCGCGGCUGCUCCUAAUGCAGUCAAGAGUAUUGAGGUUGAAGCUAAUCCUAGCUCUGGAAGUAUCGUAAAAAUCAACUUUGUUGAAGGCUUUCCAUUCCAAUAUAUGAAGCACCAGAUUGGAAGACAUGAUGAAAAUAAUUUUUCAUACAGUUACAGUUUAAUUGAAGGUGGGCCUCUGGGGGAUAAGCUUGAAAAGAUUAGCUAUGAGAACAAGUUUGAGGCAGCUGCAGGUGGAGGAAGUAUUUGCAGGAGCUCAAUGAAAUUCUACACUGUUGGAGAUAAUGUUAUAACGGAAGAUGAAAUCAAGGCUCGAAUUAAAGGGAGUGAGACAGUUUACAAGCCCCUUGAAGCUUACCUCUUGGCUAAUCCCGAAGCCUGCAACUAGGAUCUAGGUUGCUUUGAAUUCCUAUGCUUGCUUUUAAAGAAGAGUUUGAUUUUAAUGUUGUGCUUUUGAUAUUUUCUUUUUCAUCUUAAAACAUAAAUUGUCUUGUUGUUUCAGUAAGAGUGAUGGUGGUAGUGAUCGAACUUCGAUCAUCUUUAAUAUAUAAUGAAAGAAAUAAAUAUAUAAACCCGCAAGAAAAAGCUUUACCUAGUAUA